AAUGAUUGUAUCAAAACCCAAGCAUCGUACAAACAAUUAUAAUUCCAAUUCCAAUUCCAUCCAAAUUCUUUCCAAUGAUAUCAUACUUGAUAUACUCGCAAAACUUCCGGUGAAAUCACUUGUCAGAUUCAAAAGCGUUUGCAGAUCAUGGUAUUCAUUAAGUAAGGAUGAAAAUUUUGUCAAGCAACAUUAUGAUACUCACAAAAAUAGUCAAAAGUACUUUAUGAUUUCGAAGGGACCCACGAUUUUCCAUCACUACACUAUGGAUGUCCCUCAACUUGAUUCCAGUAGUAUAAUCUCUCUGGUGGAGUCUCCAGUUCCGAUUGAUAAGUCACGAAAGGUAUUCCCUAGCAUACAAUAUUUUUCAUCUAAUGGGGUAAUUCUUAUAACAUAUGGUGAUAUUAGAAUCAUGUUGUGGAAUCCAGCCACAAGAGAAUCAAGAAGAAUCCCUAGUCCAAUUUGGAGCAAGACAUGUGGUAUUUAUAAUUUUUGCUACUUUCCACGUAUUCAAGUCUAUAAAAUAUUUAGACUAGGACUCGGAAUCAAUACCGAUGACAUGAAUAUUGAUAUAUUUUCAACGAAAAGUAACAUAUGGAAAUCGAUUGGGAUUUUUCCACGAAAUUAUUAUUUCUUAGGUGGUAACGUUGUUAUGGUCGAUGGGAAUGUUUAUAUGAUGGCAAAGAGAAAGGAUAAUUUAUCUAAUUAUACUAUAUUACGUUUUUGUUUGGAAAAGGAAAAAUUUCAAGAUGAAUUAUUGUUUCAAUACACGAUACCAAGGAGUACACAAUUUUUGUAUUCUUUAGGAGAAAAACUUUGUUUGAUUAGAUUAUUGGAUGGUAAUCGUGAGUUUUGGUUGUAUAUGAAUGAAAGAAAUUCAUGGAAUAAGAUUCUGACGAUUCCAUUAACUCCGAAUAAUUGUUUGAGACCUUUGAGUUUUAUGAAGGAUGGAGGGAUGAUGUUUAUGAAGGAUGGAGGCAUGAUGUUUAAAAAGAAGGAUAGCUUUGGGUUUGUGGCUUACAAUUCAACAACACAUAAAUUGGAACAAGUUAAUGUAGAUGGAAUCAAAGGACUUCACUUCAAUAAGCGUUACAAUAAUAUUGGAUCCAAUGGUGAUGUAGAUAACAAAUCAAUUGAGCUAGCUAGCUGA